AUGAUACUUCGAUCCCUUUGUCGCCCGCAGAGGCAGCUGCUGGCUGUGUUCUCCUCCGUCGCUUCAGCUCCGUAUAAGCAAAGAUGCACUGCUUCCGUGGAGGCUGGCCUGCUUCCGAGAUAUUCACAUCCGCCUUCAUCAGCUCGUCGAGGGCUAGCGACGCUGCCCACAGGCUUCGAAGGACACCGAAUACCGGCUCUUCCUCACGAUGAGACAUAUGCAGAGCACGGCGUUGAUGGCUUCCUUUCGCCAGAAGGGUAUGAUCUUGCUUGGACACAGUAUCAAUCGAUGAUGAUAGAGAAAUUGAACGCCUUGACCAUGGGCACCGCCGACGCAACAACCAAGCCCCAGCGCCUUGUCGAAAAAUACGGUCGCUCCUCUGAACAAGCAUCCCUCUUCAACCACGCCUCCAUGGCCUGCAACAACCACACCUUCUUCAGCUGCCUCUCCCCCCGAAAAACCGAGCCAUCCCCUACCUUUGUCUCGGAGAUCGAAGACUCCUUCUCCAGCUACGAAACCCUUCGGAUCGAGAUGAUCGAGACCGCCGACGCCAUGUUCGGUCCGGGCUUCGUCUGGAUCGUCAAAGACGAAAAGCUGGGCGAAAUGAAAUUGCUCUGCACAUACCUUGCCGGCUCGCCCCACAAACUGGCGCAUUUCAGGUCGCAGCAGAAUGACAUGGCUACCUACAACACCAACGCAUUGAGCGCCAGCCGAUCGAUGAGUUGGAGGGAGCCGAGAAACGCCGUCGGUUCGUUCGGGGCGCAUUCAAGAAAUGCUGCAGGAAGUGAUCACGCUCUGGGGGGGUACAACAGCUUCCCGAUUCUCUGCGUCAAUACGUGGGAGCAUGCUUACCUGCGAGACUAUGGUAUUGGUGGCAAGAGGACGUACUUGGAGAGGUGGUGGGAUCGGAUUGAUUGGGCGGUGGUGGAGGGGAAUGCGAGGCUCUAUGGGCCGGACGCGAAGAAAUUCCCGGCCAACGCGCAACUGGAUGCUAAGAUGGGUCAUUGGUUCAGGAAGCAUCAAAUGCUUACGACUUAG